AUGGAAUUUCUUGGAACCACGCAGACAGCCAGCUACUGUAGCCCCAAGAAACCAUGUGGCCAGAGCUCACUGGUCCCUGCCAUGCAGGCUCCCCUAAUCCAGGAGUGCUACCAACCCUACCACCUCCCCGGGUACCGCUACCUCAAUGCCUGGAGACCCAGCGUCUUCUACAAGAUCUCCACCACCCAGACGUGCCCCGAAGAGUGCCGCCCGGGUCGGCGCCCCCCCACCAUCCUGCCCUCGCUGCGCUCUGCGCUCUUCUGUCGCUACAGCACCCAUGACUGGGACCAGUCCAACGACCUGCAGAUCCGGGGUGCCGAGGCCUCUCACCUCUGGGCCAAUCGGCUGGCCGGGGACACUCUGCGGCUCUUGCAGGACAAGGACCAGCUCACACGCCAGAUGCAGGAGGGCACCACCCGGAACCUGAGCCAGAGGCUGUCGGACAUCGGCUUCUGGAAGUCCGAGCUAUGCUACGAGCUGGAUAGGCUUCUGACUGAGAACCAGAGCAUGGAUAACAUCAAGAGGCGGCUCGAGUGUGCCGCUGAGCAAGUGAACUGUCCGCUGCAGGUGGCGCUCGAGUGCCUGUACUUUCGGGAGAAGAGGAUUGGGAUUGACUUGGUCCAUGACAACGUGGAGAAAAACCUCAUCAGGGAAGUUGACUUGCUAAAAUGUUGCCAAGAUCAGAUGCGAAAUUUAGCUCAAAGAGUCAAUGUCCAGAUUCGGGAUAACCGGGACACACAGCACGCCCUGGAGAAGGACAUUGAGGACAAGAGCUCAGCCGAGUGCAUUGAUGAGAAGUGCUACAACCUGAGAAACACAUCCGACUCCAUCAGUUUCUUCCACGGCAUGGAGAAAGUGGAUGGCUCGGUCUCAGUGCCUGAGACCUGGACCAAGUUCAGCAACAACAACAUCAAACACUCUCAGAACAUGCGGGCCAACUCCAUCCGGCUGCGUGAGGAGGCCGAGCACUUGUUCGAGAACCUGUCCGAUCAGAUGUGGAAGCAGUUCACCGACACCAACCUCGCCUUCAACUCCCGCAUCUCCGAGGAGACAGACGUGAAGAACAAACUGCAGACCCAGCUGGCAAAGACGCUACAGGAGAUCUUCCAGACGGAGAACACCAUCAUGCUGUUGGAGAGAGCCAUCAUGGCCAAAGAGUGCCCGCUGAAGGUGGCCCAGACGAGGCUGGAGUGCCGGAACCGGCGCCCCAACGUGGAGCUGUGCAGGGACAUGGCGCAGUUUAAGCUGGUGAACGAGGUGUUCACCAUCGACGACACCCUGCAGACCCUGCGGCUGAGGCUGCGGGAGGCGCAGGACACCAUGCAGCUGCUGGCCAUGACCAGGUCCCGGCUGGAGCACGAGCUGGCCAUCAAGGCCAACACGCUGUGCAUCGACAAGGAGAAGUGCAUGGGCAUGCGCAAGACCUUCCCCAGCACGCCGCGCCUGGUGGGCUACACCUGCCCCGCCGUCUGCUCAGGGACCGUCGUCUCGUGCGGCGCCGUCCCCUGCGGCGCGGGCUCCGCCCACUACGGCGCCGGCUCCGCCCCCUGCGCCUGCCACGGCCCGGGCGCCUGCGCAUCGCGGGCCUGUAGCAUCAAAGCCCUCAACCCCCGGGUGGACGUGGUGUGGGUCACCUCUGCGCCCCAGGAGGCCCCCUUGCUCCUCAGCUGUGAGGGUCUGGAGUGGCUCCUUCUUGUCAUUGUAGCUGCCAUUGAAGGAGUCCCAAGAGAGGCUUCCCAGGGCCCCAGCAGCCCCUUGCUGACCCGGGCGGUCAAGGGCCCCCACAAUUCCAGCUGCAUUUUCUUCAUCUCCAGCUGGGGAUAUCUUGCCGUCGCCCGCGCCGGUGAGUUGGGGCCGGGCGCGGAGCGGGGUUCGGGCGCCGCCAGGGGCAGCGGGGCGCGGCCGCGGCUCUUCGGGGCCCGGAGGGGUCGGGGUGGCAGGCGCUCCGGAGGGGGCGAGGCGCGGGCCGUGCGACGGGGACCCCCGGCGGGCAGGGCUCCCGGGGCGCCUCGCCGGCGCGGCCGCAGGGCCCGCUCCGCCCCGAGGUCCCCCCAGCCGCCCCGGGUCCCCCCUCCGUCCUGGAGUCCUUACCCUCCGUCCGGCGGUUCCCCCACCUCCGUCCGGGGGAUCCCGCCUCCGCCGAGGGGGUCCCCACCCCGCCGUCCCGGGAUCCCUACCCUCGGUCCCGGGGUCUCACUCCGCCGCCUGGAGUCUCCGGUCCGUCCCGGCCCCCACCCCACCGUCCCCCGACCGCACUCGUCGCCCUCCGCGCCGCCGAGGCGGGCGGGAAAAGUUCGGGGAGGAGCCCGGGCGGUCCCGGCCCCCUCCCAGCCUCCGAGAGUCGCGGGGGCUCUGGGCGUCCGAGCAGCCCCCGCGGAUCCGGAAUCUCGGCUCGCUGCGCCCCGGCCGGGCCGUGGGGUCCUCGCGGGUGCCCGCGCGGCCCCGGCUCGGCGGCGCCGCCCAGCGGCGGGGAGCGACCUGGGUGAUGCCCCGACCCCCUAG